AUGCCUAAAACUUGGGGAAGAGUAUCCGAAAAACAAUACACCAGGCCCGUGGACGGCAUCGAGGCUGUAAUGAGACAAAUGGUCAUCAGCAACCCGCCUGGUCGUCGAACAUACGACAUUGCUGCCGUUGCCAAAGUCCGGACUACUCUCACAGCGGAGGAGCUGACCAAGAAGGGGCGACUGGCCUGGCAGAAUCUUCGAUACAAGCAUCCUCUGAUGGCAAGCUCUGUGGUCGACGGUAACUGGAUAUACAAUGUGCCAUGUAGCAAAGGAUUGGAAUCCUGGACCCAGAAAACUUUCCUCUCCGUGAAUAAAACCCCCAAACGGAUUGAAGAUGUGCUUAAUCGCUUGGGUCCAGUAGAGCUCCCCAAUAUGUUCCAUCUCAAGGACCGCAACGAGUUCCUGUUGAAUAUUUCACAUUAUCAUGCAGAUGGCCAGGGGAUCGCUAUAUGGUUCCACGAUUUUCUGACUGAGCUAUCGUGUCCUAAGACGGACACUCUUCGAUGGGCACCAGGAGAUGAGGUCAAAAACCUGCCUCUGGAGACGCGGGAUGCUGCUGCGAUCCCCCGGCUCACACAACCAUGGGUUGAGGAUCACCGAGGGUUCUUCCCAAAGAAUCAGCCCAAAGCGUCAAAAACCUUAGGCCUAGAAAUUGAGCCCGACGCAUCGCAGCGGCAGCUAGCCUUUAGGUUUGAAAGACGCCGAUUUUCGGUUAACGAGACAGAAAUUAUCUUUGCCAAAGCGCGGAAUCUAGGCCUCACACUUACUCCGCUUGCUCACACUGCCAUUGCCUUGGCUGCCAAGGACCAAGCCAAUCUGCCGGACGGUGUCCAGCAUAAUACAUUUCUGAUUUCAAGCCUUCGAGGGCAGUGCAAAGGGCCACCUGAACUGGGUAGUCGUGCAAUGGCACCGCGCUUUGGACUGUGGCCCAUUCAAGUCGGCGUCCACGAUUUUCCGAAAACAUUCAAAGCUUUGAAGGAAUGCUAUUCUUCAUUCAAAAGUAAUAUGUCGUCCUACAUACCGAUCAUGACCCAUGUCUUGGCCGAUAUGGGCGCCGAUGUCUCGAAUGAUGUGUUGUCCACACUGAUCAUCAGCAAUAUGGGCGACGCAUCGCCCUACAUCCAGUCUUCGUAUGGUGAGAUCGAACUAGAGGAUUACUGGGCGAUCACUCUUCCGGCAAAUCCUUCGAUCGUCUUCGCCAUAGAGUCUCGGCUUGGUCAGCUGGAAAUAAGGAUUUCUUAUAACAACGCUUACCAUGAUCCGUCACAGAUUAGGUCUUUUAUGGAUUCAAUAUGCAAGAUCCUUUUGGAAGCCCCAUGA